AUUAGUGAGUGAGUGGCGGGUGAUGGAGCAGUUGAGUUGUUGCAUAAUGUUGAUUCAUACUUCGUAUUAGCAAGAGAUUAGAAGAGAGAGAAAAUCAGUAAACACUAAAAAUGGGGGAUUUAUACGCUCUUGAUUUCGAUGGUGUUUUGUGCGAUAGUUGUGGCGAGAGCUCCCUCUCUGCUCUCAAGGCCGCCAAAGUCCGAUGGCCAACUCUAUUCAACGGCGUUGACUCCGCCAUUGAAGACUGGAUUGUUGACCAAAUGCAUAUUGUGCGACCUGUGGUUGAAACAGGAUAUGAAAAUUUGUUACUUGUGAGAUUGCUGUUGGAGAUCAGAAUUCCUUCCAUCCGUAAAUCUUCAGCUGCAGAGGGGCUCACUAUUGAAGGCAUACUCGAGAAUUGGCCUAAGCUGAAGCCAGUUAUUAUGGAAGCGUGGGAUGAGAAGGAGAACAGAGAGGCCUUAAUAGAACUUUUUGGGAAAGUAAGAGAUGAAUGGAUUGAGAAAGAUUUGGCUACAUGGAUUGGUGCAAAUAGACUGUAUCCUGGUGUUUCUGAUGCUCUAAGAUUUACAAGCUCAAAAAUAUACAUAGUUACCACAAAACAGAGCCGAUUUGCAGAUGCUCUGCUGCGAGAGCUUGCUGGUGUGACUAUACCUCCCGAAAGAAUCUAUGGACUUGGGACUGGCCCAAAGGUGGAAGUGCUCAAGAUGCUUCAGAAACAAUCAGAACAUCAGGGACUUGCUCUUCACUUUGUAGAGGACCGACUUGCUACACUAAAAAAUGUCAUAAAGGAGCCAGAGUUGGAAGGCUGGAACUUGUAUCUAGGUGACUGGGGCUAUAACACCCAAAAAGAAAGGGAAGAGGCAAGGAGUAUCCCCAGAAUUCGCAUGCUUGAGCUGUCCGAAUUCACUUCCAAGGAAUGGUUGUUAGGAGCCAAGCCAAGAAGAUACGCCAGACAAUAGUAUUGUGUAGUAAAGCUUUGGAGCUAUAGCUCAAUUGCUCAUCCUUGUCAUACCACUCUGGAGUUUUGUACGUCUCUCCUUGGAGCAUAUCAAUAACCUACUCCAGUGGAAGAUCUCCUGGUCGGCGGUAAAUUUUGUCUCAUAUCUUGAUUUCGUAUGCAUCUGGCUGUCUUAAUAUGAACUCCUUCAGCUGGAAAAAGCAAGGUGUAGAAUCAUGAUAACCUUUCAAUAAACAAGACGAUCUGAGGUUGUCAUUCAUUACCAUGUCUAGCUUCGAGUGAUGAAAUGAGAGAGCAUUUCUUUUCACGUAAUUAGUACCAAACGACGGAUGUACUCUGUACUGAACUACAGUGCUUACCGAGGGACAAUCUAACUCAAAAACUACAACUUAAAGCAAAUCAUCAGGUUGUAAUUGAUUAAUGAGAGUGAGGGAUAGCUCAAGUAGUAAGAGCUCCCCCCCGGUUUCAGAAUAUCGUGGAAUCGAUUCUCAUCUCUGCCAUUGUAGCUCUCUAAACACCAAAAAAGCAGGUUGUAACUAAUUAUUGUGUGAUGAUAGACCUUGUUAAUCUAUAAUAGGCCACAUUAA